AUGGUUAUAAUUCUGGUCUUGCUAUUGGUGAAUGUAUUACACCCCAGUCACGAAAAGCCUCGUUCUUCUUUGGCGGUAAGGACAUCUACUCCGCAGAGUGUCGGUGCGCAGAGCUUUGACCCGAGGCAGCGCAGGGAUGCUGCGGGGCGCGGAGGAGUGUAUGAGCACCUUGGGGGAGCACCGAGACACAGAAAGCUGUACUGUGCCACAAAAUAUCACUUACAAAUACAUCCCAAUGGGAAAAUAGACGGGACCCUGGAGGAGCAUAACCCUUUCAGUGAGUACAGUAUAACAUACGCUUUUAUUUCUGCCUUGUUAUGUGCUAUGCAUAUAUAAAAGUUUAUGUUCAGCCAUUAUAUGGGCUAAAGCCUAACAAGAAUAGUCCUACGGUACACAUGAUUGUAAAUAGUUUUAAAGUAGACGUUCAUGAUUUCUCAGUUAAAACAGAGCUCUGUUUUACUUCUUACAAGUUGCGUGCAUUAUUGUGGGGUCGUUCCUACUACUGGUCAUUUGGUAGGCUACAUUGGAGUGAUCAGAAGACUAGCUGAUGAUGUAAAGUGUUACUGAAGUCUAACUAAAAUCCAUACAACUUUAUUGUUGCAUCCAACACAACAGUAGUGUAUCGACAUUAUAAUAACAUUGUUAUUACACUGACACAAGUAACACUUGUCAUUGCAUGAAAUGAGAAUGAAUGAACGUUUUUUAUUGGCUAUAUUGUUUUCCCAUUCAGGUAUAUUGGAGAUCACAGCAGUGGAUGUGGGAGUGGUGGUUAUUAAAGGACUGUUCUCUGGGAGAUAUCUGGCCAUGAACGAAAAAGGACGACUACAUGCAUCUGUAAAUGAGACAUGAUCUCUGAGAUCUUUCUCUGUCCCUCUGUUCUUCUGUCUGUCCUUCUGUCUGUCCGUCUGUCUGUCUGUCUGUCUGUCUUUCUUUCUUUCUUUCUUUCUUUCUUUCUUUCUUUCUUUCUUUCUUUCUUUCUUUCUUUCUUUCUUUCUUUCUUUCUCUCUCUCUCUCUCUCUCUCUCUCUCUCUCUCUCUCUCUCUCUCUCUCUCUCUCUCUCUCUCUCUUCUCUCUCUCUCUCUCUCUCUCUCUCUCUCUCUCUCUCUCUCUCUCUCUCUCUCUCUCUCAAUUUCAAUUUCAAUUUAGGGCUUUAUUGGCAUGAGAAACGUAUGUUAACACUGCCAAAGCAAGUUAAGUAGAUAGUCAACAAAAGUGAAAUAACCAAUAAAAAUUAACAGUAAACAUUACACUCAGAAGUUCCAAAACAAUAACGACAUUUCAAAUGUCAUAUUAUGUAUAUAUACAGUGUUGUAACAACACUGUAUAUAGAAUAUAUAUAUACUCUCUCUCUCUCUCUCGAAUAAUUGGAUAAUUGACUACCAUUCAUAAACAGUCUCAUUUCCAUUGAGCAUAGUCUUACAUUUGGAAAAACUUUCAUUGUAAUGCAUUUGGUUUCAACUAAAUACAUUUGUUCUCAGGCUGCCUUCAACCAGGAGUGUGAGUUCAUGGAGCGGAUCCAUGAGUUAGGCUACAACACCUACGCCUCCCGCCACUACCCGACAACCCCACACUCCACCUCAACGGGAAGCAGCAGCAGGCGAAGGGCGAGAGCUGAGAGGCUGUGGUAUGUGUCAAUCAAUGGAAAGGGCCAGCCAAUGUGGGGACGGAAUACCCGAAAGACAAAGAAGGCCUCCCUCUUCCUGCCCAGGGUCCUGGGCCACAAGGACCAUGACAUGGUUCACCUGUUGAUCAACAGUAGUCUGGGAUACAGGCAGACUGCCCUCAGACUCACGGGGAGGACAGCACAGAGGAGAUAG